AUGGAAGAUGAGGAAAACCAAAAAUGGAACUUCAAUUUCAUCUCAAACCGGAAACUCCUAAUCUCUUUCUCUCCUAAUCUCAAUCUUUCAACCCCUCAAAACCAAAUUUCCUUGAGUUUUCUUGGCCGAAAAUUCGACGAGAAACUCGACAAUAUAAUAAGAAAAAAGCAUUUCUCAUAUUCAAGAAUUGUUGGAUUUUCCAAUGGCUUGUUUCUCUCCAAGAAAACCACACGUGGUAGAGUCUACCAUGUCUGCAACAUCCUCACAAAAGAUUGGAUCAAACUUCCACUCCCUCCACCGCCACAAACAGGUCAUAACAAACCCGACCGUGUACUCGAAGGUUUCGUUUGCGAACCUUAUUAUCACGUUGAAGAAAACACAAAGAAAGUUACUUUGAACCAUCACAAAUUUAGGGUGGUUCGUUUUCCUUGCUUUGAAGGAACAACGAGUGAGAUUCUUUGGGGCAUAACAAAGACUAAAUUCGAAAUGGCAAUUUUCUCGUCGGAAACCGGAAAAUGGACUAAAAAAAUUGUGUCCUGCCAAAAUGGUUUGAGUUUUACACAAUCUGCACUUUUGCUUCCUGUUGUUACACACGAAGGGAUUUUGUAUUUCAUGGGGAGAACUAGUCUUCUAAAGUAUGACCCUUUCAACAAAGAUGAACAAUGCGACAUCAUUCAUUUUCCUAGUGAUGUUUCUGCUAAUGAUAUUCUCUUUAAUGGUCAUGUUGGAGUGUGUUGUGGAAAAAUCCGAAUGUCUUGUUUUUGUACUUUCCAAACGUGCGUGAAGGUGUGGGAAUUGGAAAAGGAUCAUAGUUGGCGUGUGUUGCACAUUACUUGUUUUCCUCCACAAUAUGCGAGGGAUUGUGUUGUGGACGAGUUGUUGAUACCGGGGAGAAGAGGUGAAAUUGUUGAUAUGGGGAUGCAAGUGAGAGCUUUUCAUCCUUAUGAUGGUGAUGUUGUGUUCUUGCAACGUGCUCAUAGAAUUUUUGUUGGAAACUUGAAGAGUAACAAGAUUGAAGGUGUUGGUUAUGGGAUUCAUGGGUUUCAAUCGUUGCAAAUGAUUUCAGUUGUUCUUCCAUUGUGGCCAACUCCAAUUCCAUCCAUAACAAAACAUGAGUUAUAG